AUGUCCAUCUGCAUGAGCCCCCUCGACGCAGAGACCGUAGCCGCCGCAAAAGCAACCCUCGACGAUGAAGGAUACGCAGUCAUCCCAUCGAUCCUGGACGACUCAUCCAUAAAGCUCGUACACUCGCGCCUCUGGGCCGCCGCAACAGAAACCCAAAACCGCGGAACAGACCUGCACAUGCCAGCUCUGGACCCCAACGCCUCAAACGUCCGCGUAUUCUACCUCAUGGAGCUUGAUGCCAUAUUCCGCGAGUUAAUCCAGCACCCGGCCGCGCUCCAGAUCGCAAAGCUCGUCGUCGGCGACCAGCUCCUCGUGUCGAAUUUCACGGCAAACAUUGCAAGGCCCGGGUCCGGUUCUAUGCAGCUACAUUCGGACCAGUCGCUUGUUGUGCCGGACCCGUGGGAGCAUGCUUGGGGGGUGAAUAUCAUCUGGUGUCUGACUGAUGUGUAUUUCGAGAAUGGGGCCACGCUGUUUAUCCCGGGGAGUCAUAGGUGGAAGCGCAAGGAGGAGGUUCCGACGGAUGCGGCGGAGAUGUUGAAGCCGUUUGUUGCGAAGGCGGGCUCGAUUGUUGCGAUGGAUGCGCGUGUAUGGCAUACGUCUGGUAAGAAUAUCACGGAGGAUAAGGAGCGGGCGCUGCUGUUUGGAUUUUAUACUGCGCCGUUCUUGAGACAGCAGGUGAAUUGGACGGCGGUGUUUGCGAGGGAGGCGGAGGGGGUGUUGAGUCCGGAAUUGCGAGAGCUGCUGGGGGUUGAUAUUGACGCGAACGUGGGCAGGGCGUCGAAGAUUGGAGCUGGGAUUGAGAAACAUGAGGCACAGAGGGCGCCUACCAGUCAAAACUGCCGUAAUCGACGGAUUAAAUGUGAUGAGCAAUCGCCCUGUGGAUAUUGUGGCCGCCGCGGUCUAGACUGCAAAAAGGCCGACUUUAUCGUCCCAGAGCGAUGGCCCAACGCACGCCCGCCUACACGGGCAGCCCAGGAAUCACAGCCUGUGGUCACAAGAGCAACACAACCCACACCAGAAGCAACUGCACAUAUACCGGAAUCAACAUAUGAGAUCUUCCAGAAUAUAUUCGGGGUCGAUAAUGACCAGUCGGCGACAUCAGAUCUACACUCCACUAUACCUCCGCCGUCCGAUGACAUCCUAACGGAAGAAAAAGCCGGACUGCUAAGAUUCUAUCAAGACGGAAUCGGAGUUUGGAUGGAUAUCUUUGACUGCUCACAUACAUACCAGCACGAGGUAGUCUGGUAUUCCCUCUCGUCGCCACUCCUAAUGCACGCCGUCUGUGCCCUCUCAGCGAAACAAAUGAGUCUGAUUCAGAAUAAAUUCCUGUGGGAGCCUGUUUCUUCGCGCUUCUACGGCCAGAGUCUUAGUCUGCUUAUCAAUGAGCUCACCAAACAGAGCAGUACGUCUGAUGGUGAGCUUCUACUGGCGGCAACAAUAUUACUCUCGAGCUACGAGUUGCUCGCUCAGCCGGGCAUCGACUAUCAACGACACUUGUAUGGUGCACAGACUCUAAUCUUCUCUCGGAAUAUUGGAUCAGAAGGAACGUCUCUUGAAAAGGCUAGCUUUUGGAUCUUUGCGCGCCAGGAUGUUGCUUUGGCUCUGGUGAAUGAGCGUCCGACUUUGGUUCCGCCGGUGAAAUGGCCAGCGCCACCGGACAGUCCGCCGGCUGCUGUUGAGGAUGCUUUUGGUAUGAAGAUUCUCUGGCUCCUUGCUAGAGUGAUUGAAGUGAAGUUUGGAAAUGGCCAAGUGUCUAGUAUAGAGCGGAGAGUGGAAAGUCUGGUGGCUGAGAUUGAUUUACUCUGGGCUGGGCUUCCUUCGCAUGUCCGCGGUGUUCCCAUGAAGCAGUCUCAUUCGGAGGAUGAAGGAUUGACUCGGGUUUGGUUCUGUGUGCCUUCAGCGUCGGCUGCGUGUCUUUAUUACCACAUGGCCAAGAUACUCACGUAUGAAUGCCUAUGCGAACAAACACCGGUUCCACCAAGACAGUCAGACAAUAUGUUGAAACCGAUUGGAUACCAUGCUAGAGCAAUUGCCUCCAUUUGCCUGUUUUCAGAUCUUGCUGACGGAGCAUUGGUUGUGGCUGUAAACCCGAUAUUCUAUGCGGCGAAAUAUAUCCCUUCCAUGGCACUAAAAACGAGACUUUGGGGUAUACUCGACCGAAUUGAGACGCAACUGGGCUUUUAUACGCGAAAUAGACAGACACAGCUGCAGCUGGAACUGAAGAAAUAG